AUGGUUCUUGCCUCUGUUCAACACGCCUUUGUAGAAAUGACACAAAUCCCAGAAAAAGGUCUGUUCGUUUCCCGAUCUUUUGCAUGCCUGUUUGGUGUCUCAAUGUUAUUCUUAAUCCUUUCUUCAUCGAUCCUAUAUCAAUUUAGUGAUACUUCUUUAGUACCCAGAUCAAUUUACAACAUAAUUAUCGUCAAAACCACACGGGAUUACAUCAAACCUGAUGAAACCAGAGUGCCAUUCGAACCCAAUUCUCCUAUUUUUGCAUCUUUAUCAAGUAAAGAAUCAUGUUCCAAAAUCACCCCCGUGAAACCUGCCAUUUGUGAUCAAACUCAAGCUCUACUCAAAGUCUUUAUGUACGAUUUACCUCCUGAAUUUCACUUCGGAUUACUAGGUUGGAAAGAUCGAAACCAAAUCUGGCCUAAUGUAAGCAACCUGAAUCAAAUCCCUUCGUACCCAGGAGGAUUAAACUUGCAACACAGUAUAGAAUAUUGGCUCACUCUCGAUCUUCUUUCUUCGGUUUCCCCAAAUAUAUCUAGACCUUGCACUGCAGUUCUUAUACAAAACUCCACCCAAGCAGACGUCAUUUUCGUGCCAUUUUUCUCAUCUUUGAGCUACAAUCGGCAUUCCAAGAUACACGGGACUGAGAAAACCACCAUGGACAAGAUUCUUCAACAAAAAUUGGUGAAGUUUUUAAAUGGUAGAGAUGAAUGGAGAAGAUCAGGAGGGAAGAAUCAUAUAAUCAUGGCUCACCAUCCGAAUAGCAUGCUUUUUGCAAGAAGACAUCUGGGUUCUUCUAUGUUUGUGCUCGCAGAUUUCGGAAGGUACAGUUCACAAAUUGCAAAUAUCGAUAAAGACAUUAUUGCACCUUACAAACACGUCGUCAAGCGUCUUGAUGCUCGUGAUUCUCCUUCUUUUAAAGAACGACCCGUGUUGGUGUAUUUCCAAGGAGCGAUUUACAGGAAAGAUGGUGGAGUGAUUCGUCAAAAACUGUAUCAUCUACUUAAAGAUGAAAAAGGCAUUCACUUUACAUUUGGAAGUGUGUCGUCUGGUGGGGUCCGCAAGGCGUCCAGAGGGAUGUCUUCUUCUAAAUUUUGCCUCAACAUUGCAGGAGAUACUCCUUCAUCUAAUCGAUUGUUUGAUGCGAUUGCUAGUCAUUGUGUUCCUGUGAUAAUUAGUGAUGAGAUCGAGCUUCCAUUUGAAGAUGUUCUUGAUUACUCAAAAUUUGCGAUAUUUGUUCGUGCAUCGGAUGCUGUUAAAAAUGGGUAUCAUAUGAAGCUUCUUAGAAGGAUUCGAAGAGAUAAAUGGAUUCAAAUGUGGGAAAGAUUGAAGGAAAUAGGGAAACAUUUUGAGUAUGAAUAUCCGUCAAAGAGUGGUGAUGCUGUUGACAUGAUAUGGCAGAUGGUUCAUAGGAAGGUGUCUUGUGUACAUGAGAAAGAUGGUAGGAAAAACAGAUAUGACAUGUCACAGAUGUUCUUGGAUGCUAUAUGAGUUUUUUUUUCCCUGUUGGGACUUUGGUCUUAUCGAAUUUGAGUCGUGAUUUCACAGCCGAUAUGGAAAGUAAGUCACCGUUUUUUUGAGACUAUAAUUAUAGUUUAGAUUCUCACUUUAUUUACUGCCAAGGGCAAGCUUACAAAGACCAUUUUGGUAGUAUAUAUUGUAUGCUCCAAAAUCUUUUGUUGGUUUUUGAAUUUUGAAAUUACAUUAUAUGGA